CCACAUCAACACGAUAAUAAUAAAAUAGAAAAAAAAAUUGUUGUUUUAGGCGACGAUGAUGACAGUGACAACGAAUGAUUAUCGUUAUGGAAAUUUAUCAAUUUUAUUAUAUGUCAAUUUAUUGUUAUUAUUAUUUUGCUGGACAUUAUCCACAAGCGAAACUGAUCUAGAUAAUUAUGGACAACAACAACAACAACAACAACAUGGUUCGUUGAUGACGACAGCCAAUUAUAAUAAAGAUGGCGAUAUGUCACUUUGGAUCGAUGAAAUGCAAGUAAAGCAAUUUUUCAAUGGAUUUCCAAUGAAAAUUCAUGCAAUUGUCGAUGGUGUUGUUUUACCAUAUGUUUUGGAUCCAAAUUUUGAAAAAUAUCUACCAAUCAUACCAUCACAGGUAACAUCGGUGAAUUUUACAUGGAAAUCCGGAGAGAAUAGAAAUUAUUAUUAUGAUUUUGAUCAAUUGCAAUCAUUCAAUGAUGAUAUAUUAAAAGCACCUGUACUAUCGAUCAAAUCAAAAGGUCUAGUGCCAAAACAGCCAACAGUCUUUCAAGUUUUUAUUCCAUGUAUUGGAAACAUUUCUGGUAUUGCAUCAUUUACAUUAGGAUUACGAUUGAUCAAUACAAAUACAAAUCAGUAUUUAGCUGGUACACCGAUACGAUUAAAAUUACAAAAACAAUGUACAUAUCAUGGUCCUGAUCCAGAAUGCGAUAAAAAAUGUGGAAACAAUGGUAAAUGUAAUAGCGAAAAAAUUUGUGUUUGUCCUACAGGUUAUCUAGGUAAAUAUUGUGAAUCGGCACUUUGUUAUCCACAAUGUAUGAAUGGCGGAACUUGUAUUGCUCCUGGUGUUUGUGUUUGUUCACAAGGAUUUCAGGGGUUACAUUGUGAGGGUGGAAUAUGUAGCCAAAAAUGUUUAAAUGGUGGAAAAUGUAUACAAAAAGAUUCCUGUCUUUGUCGACGAGGAUAUUAUGGUCCUAGAUGUGAAUAUUCAAAAUGUAUGAUUCCAUGUUUGAAUAAUGGAAAAUGUGCUGGCGUUAAUCGUUGUAGAUGUCGAAAAGAAUUCACUGGUUCACAAUGUCAAAUACGAACAAAUAACACUACUAAAUUUCAUCAUAGAUUUAAAAAUCGUAAUCAUAGAAAAAAAUCAAAGAAAAAAUUUGUAUAAAAUUUCAAGUUUAGUAGUUUUUAUUAUUAUUAUUAUUAUU